UUGUACGUUAUCGUGUGUACAUAUCGGUGACGAUGAGCUACUGUUACGUUGGCAGCCAGUACAGAUUCCCCAACACGGCCGUAUGCCUGGGCCAUCAGAAUGAUGCCGGGAAGCUGUGGAGCGCUGUGGCCAACACCCAACAUGGCUGGGUCGGCGGCAAGGCGAAAGGAGACACCUGUUGGUACUCCUACGACGGCCAAGAACACUACACAAAGGACUUCUCUUGGCUCACGGCACCACAAGGAAGAAUUGUAACGGUCCAAAACAGAGGCAGCUGUCCACCGGGGACCGUGUGCCUCGGCAAACAAAGCGACAACAACGACUACUACGCUGCCUUAGCCAAAUGCCCCCAAGGCCUGGUUCCUGGUAAGGCUAGAGGCAAUACCUGCUGGUACCCAUAUGGGGGCAAGGAGCACAUCGCGUCCGACUUCUUCUGGCUGGUGUGUACCUAGAUGGAGGCCAAAGCGGCGUUGAACACAACUCACUCACUCAUUCCACGGACUGGGUCCAACGGCCGUGACAAAAAGAGAAAUUACAAGUUUUGGAUGAUCAGCUUCUUCAUUGUACAAUAGCUGUGUUUUGGUGUAGAAACUUCUACCGUUUUCAAGCGUGAGGAUGUAUAUCGAAACGUCACCAUUGUUCCAUAAAGAAGCUGAUCAUCCAUAAAGACGUAUCAUUCCUAGUACUUAUAACUUCAAGAAUGCUUCUCAAACAGUUCACGAUACAUAGAAUGUAGAGAUAUUUACCUGACGACUCAUCUAUAAUGGAUUAUAAAUAUACAAGAUAGCAAGAAUGUGAUAAACUGGGGCUGACUAAAAAGAUCGAUAAUCGGAAAUAUCUUCGAUAGGAAAUAAUAUUAAUGAUUAUCGAUAUGAAAAUAAUGUCUUAGAUAAUAUCAUUCAUACACUUUGUGAUAGAAUAAAGCUUUAAUAAAA